CCCGCGCGUCACGUGAGCGCCCGGAAACCCUGGCCGCGGCGGCCCGGGUGAGGUGGCGGCGGGAGUGGCCGGGUUGCAGGCGAGGUUGAGCAAGCGGAGCGAGCAGAGCGGCCGGCUGGGAACGUGACGACUACUGCGGGUCUCGGGCGAGCGGCGAAAGAAGAAAUGAUGUAAACCAUUCACUCCCCAGACUUUCAGGUCACAGUGGGAAGGAAGGUCAGGAGGAACAUGGCCUGGCCACAUAUUUUUCAAAGAGGAGCUCUGCUUUCCCGGUUCAGCCAUCAUCACAUGGUCGUGUUCCUGCUCACCUUCUUCAGUUACUCGUUGCUCCAUGCGUCAAGAAAAACAUUUAGCAACGUCAAAGUCAGUAUCUCUAAACAGUGGACCCCAAGUGCUUUUAACAAGUCAACUGAAUUAUUGCCUGUGGAGAUUUGGAGCAGCAACCAUUUGUUUCCCAGUGCAGAGGAAGCCACUCUUUUCCUCGGAAUGCUGGAUACCAUUUUCCUCUUCUCCUAUGCUGUGGGCCUUUUCAUCAGCGGUAUCGUCGGGGAUCGGCUGAAUUUGCGAUGGGUUCUGUCUUUUGGCAUGUGCUCUUCUGCAUUAGUGGUCUUCGUCUUUGGCACUGUCACGGAAUGGCUGCAUUUCUACAACAAGGGGCUGUACUGUAGCUUGUGGAUCGUGAACGGCCUGCUGCAGUCCACCGGCUGGCCCUGCGUCGUUGCUGUUAUGGGCAACUGGUUUGGGAAAGCUGGGCGAGGAGUUGUUUUUGGUCUCUGGAGUGCCUGUGCCUCCGUGGGCAAUAUUUUGGGCGCAUGUCUAGCUUCUUCUGUUCUGCAGUAUGGUUAUGAGUAUGCCUUCCUGGUGACGGCGGCCGUGCAGUUUGCUGGUGGGAUCAUCAUCUUCUUUGGACUCCUGGUGUCACCGGAAGAAAUCGGUAUCCCAGGUAUCGAGACAGAAGAAAAUUUUGAAGAAGAUUCGCACAGGCCGUUAAUUAAUGGUGCUGAAAACGAAGAUGAAGCUGAGCCUAAUUAUUCAAUCCAAGAAGGCAAUACUGUGACCCAAGUCAAGGCAAUAAGCUUCUACCAGGCUUGUUGCCUUCCUGGAGUUAUAGCGUAUUCACUGGCCUACGCUUGCUUGAAGUUAGUGAAUUACUCCUUCUUCUUCUGGUUGCCCUUUUAUCUGAGUAACAACUUUGGAUGGAAGGAGGCCGAAGCUGACCAGCUGUCCAUCUGGUACGACGUCGGAGGAAUUAUAGGUGGAACGCUGCAAGGCUUCAUCUCCGACAUGUUACAGAAGAGAGCGCCGGUGUUAGCUCUCAGUCUGCUUCUGGCCAUCGGGUCCCUGGUUGGAUACAGUCGUUCUCCAAACGACAAGUCCAUCAAUGCGCUUCUGAUGGCUGUCACAGGAUUCUUUAUUGGUGGACCUUCUAAUAUGAUUAGCUCUGCUAUUUCUGCGGACCUGGGUCGUCAGGAGCUGAUCCAGGGGAGCAGUGAGGCUUUGGCAACCGUCACUGGGAUCGUUGAUGGAACCGGGAGCAUUGGAGCUGCGGUGGGCCAGUAUUUGGUGUCUUUGAUCCAGGACAACCUGGGAUGGAUGUGGGUUUUCUACUUUUUCAUUCUUAUGACAAGUUGCACAGUUCUGUUUAUUUCACCAUUAAUAGUGAGGGAAACAUGCUCUCUUAUGCAAAGACGACAAACUCGCGUAUUGAAUGAGUGACUGGUGCCCACAAAAGAACAUCAGGACUCUUAUUCUCUUAAUUUACCCUAUUUUGGGUUUGUCUUAAGAACUCCAAUAUAACCUCAGAUUGUCAGGCCUCUUUCAGCAGUGUCAGCCCCCGGAGAUGCUGACCAGAGUGAAGGCUGGGUUGUUUUUUCUACACUACAGGAAUUAAUGAUUUUUAUUUAUCGCUGUUGUUCCAUGAAUGUACCGAAUGGCCUGUGACUCUGCCAGCAACUCUGUUGGCCUGUGGAGGUUCAUCCCUUUAACCGUAAAUGCUUUAUUGAACUUGGACCCUUGUCCUCCAGCCUGGAAAGCUGAGUGACCACGCGGCAGUCGUGCCCGGUUUGUAGCAACGACAUGCUCCACGAAUAGAAAGGAUCGUUGCAUUUUGCUUCGGUCAUGAGUUUACAGAGAGCAGCUCAUCUCUGAAGCAUCACAUCCUGGUACAGCGCUCCAGCGGGGUCCAGCAUAAGCCUGUCUUCGACAGAGAAUCCCUUAGUUAAACUACGUGCUGAGUGGCUCAGUUACUUUGUGUCUGCUCUGAAGUCGAUCAGCUCCGGAAGCAGAAAUAUCUUCCAGUGAUUGUCAGCUGUUCUCCUCCAUCUUCAUUCAGAAUUUCCUUCAACUCCUGGAAGUCUUUUGGCUUCCUGUCAAGGACCAUGAGGUACCUCAGUUGUGAACAUUCCAGGAUGUAAUUUAUAACCGAAGUACUCAACCCCAGGCUUGUUCUCUGGGAACUUUUUAGGAUCCACUAGGAAGCCAGUCGGCUUAGCCCUAUUUUCAGAGGCUCGGUCUCUGUCAUAACCAGGUUCCUUGCGUUACCUCAGCAGAAGACUAGAAUUAGAGAAAAAGGAAAGACCAUUUGGCCUUCUAUGCAUUAAGUACGUGACAUUGAAUCACAGUGGAUUACUAGGGCCUGAGAGGUAUCUAGGUAUCUAUUCUUUAGAUGUUUGUAGAAUAUACAUCUUCAAGGCUGUGAAUUCUAUACUAAUUAUCAAUAUUUUAAGGUCAUCCUGUAUAUAUAUUUUAAAUUAUGAAAGUGAGCAGGCGAAAAAUGUGCAAUUUUGAGGGCUGCCUAAUUUACAUGGAGUUAGGGGAAAAUUUUCAACCUCUUGCUUUGUACUCUCAAAUGUGUGUUUAUGAACUUGUUAAUGUUAUUUAAUCAAGCAGACUUCCAAUCAGUUAACUGCUCAUUACUGACAGAAAGGGAAACUUUUGAAACACAGAAAGGGAAAAUAAACUGACUUUUAUAAUAAA